UCACCACCUCCAAAAAUUCAUUUCAAAGUUUUGAAAAACUACUCCACAUUUCUCUCUUCUCGAUCAGUUCUCACCCAAGAAGAAAAAGAAAUGAAGCUUCUCCCUUCUCUAUUCAAAAACAUAGCACCAGAGCCAAAGUCUUCUUCUUCCUCUUGGCCCUGGCCUUCUUGUACCCAAACCAGAACCAUUUCCUUCAGAAUUCCCGGGAACGAUAUGUUCAAGACCAUAAACUCGGCCUACUUCGACACCAACACAACGCCCGAGUCGUUCUUCACCAACUCCGCGGGGUGUGCGAGUUUCUCGACGGAAGUGUCUGAAGAAGACUCCUCAGGCGGAGGAGGGGGAGAUCCGAUAGAGACUGUGAUCAACAAAGGGUUGAGAUCAGAGCGGCUCUUCUUCGAGCCCGGUGAGACCAGCUCUAUUUUAGACAAGGACUCUAUCAAGGCUCAUGAAGAAGAAGACGAAGACGAAGACGAUGAUGGGGUUGAUGAUGAGGAUGAACCUGCUGCUGGUGAAAGUAACAUUCCGUUCAAGGAGAGUGUGGCUCUGUCAAUGGACUCGCCGGACCCUUAUGUGGAUUUCAGAAAAUCCAUGGAGGAAAUGGUGGAAGCUCAUGGUUUGAAGGACUGGGAACAUCUUGAAGAGCUUCUGGGUUGGUACCUGAGGGUCAAUGGGAAAUCAAAUCAUGGAUACAUCGUUGGAGCUUUUGUUGAUCUUUUGAUAGGUCUCGCAUUUAGUACUACUAUUUCUCCUCAUCCUUCUAGUUCAUGUAGUCAUGAGUACUCUCCUUCUACUCCUUUGUCUUUUUACAACAGCACUACUUCCUGUUCAUCUUCUUCUACCUCCACUCCCUAUGUGUCCUCUAUUGAACCCGAGGAAGGAUCGGAAAUGAGUACCAGCACCAUUCCUAAUUUGUCUUGCCUGUUAGAAGCAGAGGAAGAGAUUAACGAAGAUGAUGACGAUGGUGCUUCAUCUUAG